AUGAGUGGACUUUUUCAGUGUUAUGUUGCACGGUUGAAACGGGCAAAAGGAGCAGGCACUAUUCAAGUUGAUGGAGUUAACUUUACUCUCCGACAAUGUCAUUGGCAUUCUCCUACAGAGCAAAAGCUGAGGAAUGAAAUACUAAGUCUGAGUCACAACACCACAGAAGAGGCAGAGGUGAGCUUGGGAAUGAUAGAUCCAAAACAUAUAAAGUUUGGUAUUAGGAAAUACUAUACAUACACUGGCUCUUUCACAACUUCUCCAUGCACAGAAGGAGUCACCUGGAUCAACUUCCCCCGCAUGGAACCUCAAAACAUAUUUGAGCUCACAAAUCUAUUACAUCGCGGGCAACUAGUGGGGAAUUAA